AAACAAACUCGCUAAUGAGCUCAGCGCAGGUACAGUUCUUUUCCCUUCCCGAUCCGAUCUGUCCCUCCGGAUCGGAGCCCGCAAAAGUCCUGGCUCUCCCGGCAGGGGAGCGGUUAGCGGAGAACCCGGGGAGUCUGCCUGCUCCGUAGCCCGCCCCGGUCGCUUCCCCCGCCACUUCCGCGGCUGUACCUGCUGGGAGGCUGAAAUUGACCGGAGCGCAGGCUGCGCGCGAAGAACGGCGCUGGGUGAAACCGACCAGGACCCAGCGGUCCAUCCCCAGGGCGCUGCGGGCCUGGCUUGUUGCAAGGUUCCAUCCUAGAACGUUGAGGAAACUUUUGUUCGCUGCUCUCCUUGCAACGUCACCUGCUCCCUGGAAAUCCCUCUUGCUGCUGACUUACUGUUUUAUUUUAUUUUAUUUGAAAGGAAAAACCCCUUCCCAAGUUGCGUGAAAGUUUGUCCCUGUUUUUACGCUAAGAGGCAGAAGCCUUGUUAUUUAUUUAUUGAUCUGUUUAAGAAUCCCAGGCAAUUUAAUUGAUCUCGGAGAUGCCUCGGGCUUUCUUAGUGAAAAAAUCCCGUGCCUCUGUGGGCAAGAGGAACUGGAGUGAAUUGCCUGAUGAAGAGAGAGGAGAGAUCUAUGUACCAGUCUGCCUGGGGGGCUGUGCCCUGGGCAAGGACUUGGAGCCCUCGGUGCCUGAAGCCACCUCGUAUCCGAUGCCCCUGGACCUGACCCUGCGAGAUCCGAGCUACACGGCUGCCCAGCUCCCCGGGGAGGGGCCCCCAGCUGGGCAGCACAAUGGGUUCCUGCGGCCCAAAAUGAAGGUGACGCUGGGCGAGGGGCCGGGCGAGCUCUUCUCCUGCCCCGUGUGCCAGAAGGGCUUCAGCUACCAGCGCAUGCUCAACCGGCACCUCAAGUGCCACAGCGAGGUCAAGCGCCACCUGUGCCCCUACUGCGGGAAGGGCUUCAACGACACCUUCGACCUCAAACGCCACGUCCGCACCCACACCGGCGUGCGCCCGUACAAGUGCAACCUGUGCGACAAGGCCUUCACGCAGCGCUGCUCGCUGGAGUCGCACCUGAAGAAGAUCCAUGGGGUGCAGCAACGCUACGCCUACAAGGAGCGGCGGGCCAAGCUCUACGUGUGCGAGGAGUGCGGCUGCACGGCCGACAGCCAGGAGGGCCACCUGCUCCAUCUGCGGGAGCAGCACCCUGACAGCCCCCUGCUGCUCAAGGCCUCGCGCAAGACGGCUGCCUCCCUGCACAGUGCCCUCCCCACCCUGCUGCAGGGCACCCCGUGCCUGUGAGACGGCGCCCACUGCAGGGCACCCCGUGCCUGGGAGACGGCACCCCCUGCAGGGCAGCACCCCCUGCAGGGCACCCCGUGCCUGGGAGACGGCGCCCCCUGCAGGGCACCCAGGUGCCUGGGAGACAGCGCCCCCUGAGGGCUGGGCAGGGCCCUAUACAGCAAUGAGCCCCUGUGAGACAGUGUCCCCUGGUGGGCGCCCAACACUGGGGCAGGACCAGUGACUGAGCCCUGCUGCCUGGAGGCUGGACACCACGUGCUCCCUCCCAACAGUGGCCUGGGACGUGGGCAGCACGUGGCAAAUGCUUCAAAGAAGCCCCCACCCCCUGUGGAGGAGAAGUCCUCAAUGCUACGCUGCCCCCCCCACCCCCCAGGGGCAGCCAGCUAUCCACAGGCCACUGACUUUGCACUGCUCCUUCCCCGAAGCUUUGGGGGAGAUGCGGGCAGCUCCCUUCUGUGGGCUGCGUGGGUGCCCCACACCCUCCCUGGGCUGGCACUGCCCAGUCCCCCGGAGGCUCUGCCCACAGGCUGGGCAAACAGGAUUUUUUACCAUUGUGCUUUUCUGAUGGGGGCUGGGCAGCAGGAGUGGGGUGAGGUGGGGUGGGGAGGAGCAUUUACCCCCCCCCAUCUCCAUCUCAGUGCCAUCCCCAUCCAUUCCCCCCCACAUACACACUCAGGAAGAACCCAGGGGCGGCUCCAUUCCCUGCCCCCAUUGAUCCCAUCAGGACCAUUCUGCCCUGGAUUUCCCAGUCCCACCUUGGCCCCACACCCAGCUGUUCCUGCCUGAAGUUUGCUCUGAGGUUUGCUCCCGGGCUGCUGCUGCUUUGGGGAAGGUGUUGACAUUACAAAUCCCAGCUGUCCCCACCCCGGGAGUAUCCGUGGCUGACAGGAGACCCGUGCUGAAUGCCUGGGAAGGGGACAAGGCUCAUUCAACUCCAGGGCCCCAACCCCACUUGGGAGAAAUAUCCAUGACAUUAAAAUCUGGGCACCGGCUUUGACUCAGGGUAGAGAUGCCUCCUCGGACGUAUCUAGGAGUUGCGGGGGGAUCCUCUAUUUCUAUAGCGCCAAUUCCCCAGGCCUCUCCGUGCCACCAUUCCCCUCCCCCCGCCGCCGUUGCAGAGCUGUCACUAACCUGGACAGCUGGGGGGAUCAUGGUGACUGGAGAAUGUUGAUCAGGGAUGUGGGAUUUAUCUGAAUCCCCCCGCAUCCUCCGCCUUAUUUGUGCUGCUCUCCUGAGGAGGGGGGCUGGGGUACAAAUGCUUUAAUGGGGAAGGGGGAGGCUGCGGGGAGCCCCCCACACCCACUAGGUCCCUUUCCCGCUGCCUGCUCCCCUCCAACACCUUCUUUAUACACCAGAGAACACCUGGUAAUUGGGGUCCCCAGGAUCAGAGCAAUUGCAGACCUCCACCUGCAUGGCCAGCCCCAGAGCAUCCACUCACCGGGGCGGGGGGGGUGGUCAUAGCAGACAUCCUAGGUCAGAGGAAAUGGGGUAGGGCCUCACCAUGGCCACACACGGGUCUGCACCCCACAUAUGACCAGCUUGGCUGUUACCCCCCGCCACCUACCCUCUUGUGGGCCUACCGUGAUUGCAGUGGGGCAAUGCCAAAGACCCAGCUUCCCCCACACAUACUAACUCAAAUCCCUUUAAAUCUGGGAGUGGCUGCCCCUCCUCCUUGGGUAGAUAUUGGGGGACUGCCAAUCCCCAGUGCCAAGAGGAUGGGUAGAGGGAUCAGUUUCCAGCUUAGCAGGGAGCUUCCGCCCAGGGCAGAGGGGACCCCGCAUCCCACUAAGCUGGGCUGCUCUAACUGCGUCCAUCCUGUCCCCCACCCCCUGCACAUACAGAGGUGGGGCAGUGGGUCCUGGCAGGGGUGUAGUAGGAGGUGUCGGGGUGCCAGGGCCUGGAUCGUGUUUACAGUUUGGCUGUGGGAAACGAGCCGGACAGUUUGUUAGUAAUUGUGAGUUUGUAUCUUUGUCUGUUUGUGAGUUUAUUAAAAUCAGGGAAUUGAACCAGCUCUGAGCAGUGCUCCUCACUCCU